AAGAAGAAGGCAAACUACAUGACAUGCUGUAUUACACGGCGAUGAACCCUGUGUAGCACAAUCUGGCCAGACUCGGUGAGGUUGUUGACUUCAGCCGCUUUGGGAAAUAUAGCUGUUCCUCUGCUCUUGGAAAUAAAUAUGUAGACGACCACCUAUCUAUUGAUUCCAAUUUUCAAUAUACACAACUUGAGCAAUAGUGUUGGCCUUGACUGCCACUACACCAAGCAAACAUGCCUCGCGAUGCAAUUCAGCGUCUCCACCGCCACCAGAAUCACCUCGAACAACACUUCAACAACCACGCCAACAAGGUGUAUUAUCGGAUCAAAAACGAGUAUCAUCCGGCAACAAAUAACGAUGCUCCGCGGGUGCGCCACCGUCCAGAUCCUUGCUUCGUCCCUGUCGCCUCUGGUGCGAUAGCACAACCCCCUGCCUCUCGGUUGGACACCUAUGACGACGACCACUACCAUUACAUUAACCACCACCAUGAAUCACGCCACAGGAGAUACAGCAGCGACAGCGCGAGCUAUCGCCAUCAUCACCAACACCACUACCCCCUCGACGGACCCCGAUCCAGCGAGCAGUAUACCUUCUGCAGCACUGUCAGACUGCACGCUGACCCUUGUUCUCGAUCCCAUCGACACCAGACCGAUACUCAUAUCCAUUUCCAUACUUAUACCCACACUUACACCCAUCCAGAUCUAUACCUACGACCCCGAGAAGGGGGCCGACGCCGUAACCGCGACGAUAGGGAUAGGGUGUCUCGCUUCGAAGUGGAUAUGGAUGUCUCCUCGCGGGGUGGCCCUAGGUUCUUGUGGCCCUAGGUUCUUGUUUAUAUUAUGAGGCGGUUGGAACAUUGGUAUUCAAUGGGGUUGGGUUGGGGGGUAGAUCUGCGAAGGCGGGCCCACUUUCGGGUUCUUCGUUGUAUGUGCGUGGAUGCUAUGGUAGUUUCUUAUGUUGGGAUGUUCUCCUUUCAGCUGG